AUGAAGGAGUGGUGGGUGCAGGUGGGGCUGCUGAGCGUGACCCUCCUCGCCGUCUACCUGCCCAUCCCGCCCCCCCAGCUCUUCCCCGCUCUACUCUCCUGGCCCUCCUCAGAUUCAACCGGCGCCGUCGGCAGCUCUGACAUCGUCCUCCUCCUGGACGAGGAGGCAGACACGGGUGGUGGCUCAGCGCAGGGUGGGCAAUGCUCCGGAGGAGUUUCUGCUAUCUGGGAAGGGCUGACCCAGCGGUUUCACCGGGUGAUUGCUCUGGAUUUCGUAGGAUUCGGUUUCAGCGACAAGCCUAGGCCGCACCGCUACUCCAUCUUCGAGCAAGCCAGUAUCGUCGAGGCGCUGGUGCGUCACCUCGGCCUCCGCCACCAGAGGAUUAAUCUCCUGUCUCACGAUUACGGGGAUACGGUUGCACAGGAGCUGCUGCACAGAUAUGAGCACAAUAAAACUGGAAGCAUCUUCAUCAACAGCCUCUGUUUAUCCAAUGGAGGGAUUUUCCCCGAAACGCACUACCCCCGGUUCAUCCAGAAGAUCCUCAAGGAUGGGGGUUUGCUGUCCCCCAUCAUCACGCGGCUGAUGAACUUCUUUUUCUUCUCCAGAGGGCUUGGGGCAGUCUUUGGGCCCUACACGCAGCCUUCGCAGGCAGAAUACUGGGACAUGUGGACGGUGGUGCGGACCAACGACGGCAAUCUCGUUGUUGACAGUAUUUUGCAGUACAUAAACCAGAGAAGGAAGCACAGAGACCGCUGGGUUGGGGCUUUGAUGUCCACCUCUGUCCCACUGCAUCUAAUCUACGGGCCCCUGGACCCUGUGAAUCCGCACCCAGAGUUUCUUCAGCUUUACAAGAAGGUGCUCCCCAUGUCCACAGUGUCCGUGCUGGACGACCACAUUAGCCACUAUCCACAGCUGGAGGAUCCGACAGGCUUCCUGAAUGCGUAUUUGAACUUCAUCAACUCCUUCUGA